UAAAUAAGAAAAGCAUGGGUCAAACAUGUUGUGGAAUAGCAACAGAUAAAGUUUCAGUUAAUGGUAUUUCAUAUACGGUUGUCAAAGAUAUAGGCGAAGGAGCUUUUUCAUUUGUGCAAUUGGUGAAAAAUCGCUCAGAAAAGUAUGCAUUGAAGCGAGUUUUGCUUCAGCUUCCUGAGCACAAUGAAAUGAUCCAGAGGGAAAUAAGCUCUCAUAACACAAUAAAGCAUAAGUUUGUUAUGCCAUUAAUAGAUCAUGAAAUUGUACAAAAGCAAGGAAAAUACGAAGCACGCUUAUUAUUUCCCUAUUACAAUCUUGGCUCUGUGCAAGAAAUGAUUGAUGUUUCUCUAAUAACAAAAAAAUCAAUUGAGGAAAAGAAAAUAGUUUCAAUGAUAAAAUGUUUGUGCAUGGCUGUAUCAACAUUUCAUUCUCAUAAUCCGUCAUACGCGCAUCGAGAUAUUAAGCCUCAUAAUAUGUUAAUAGGAGAAGGUUCUAAUAUCAUUCUUAUGGAUUUGGGAAGUGUUCGUGAAGCUAAUGUUAAAAUAACUUCAAGAAAAGAAGCAAUGGAACUUCAAGAACUCUGCUCCCAAGAAUGUACUGCUGCAUUCCGAGCACCAGAGUUAUUUGAAGUUCCUUCUCCCGGGACAAUUACAGAGAAAACUGAUAUCUGGUCAAUUGGAUGUACAAUGCAUGCGUUAGCUUAUGGAAAUAGCCCAUGUGAUGGAACAGCCACUUCAGCUAUGAGUCCUAACAUGAAAUUAGACAAUUCUUUGUAUUCCAGUAAGUUUAACAGCAUUAUAAAAUCUACUUUAAAUGUUUGUCCUGAAAUGCGACCAACAGUACUGGAGAUUUUAGAGCAAUUAGAAAAUAUUGAUUUAAGUUAAUCUUUUUUAAAAUAUUUUAUAGUUCAUCUUUUUAUAUCAAUUUUUAACAAUAUUUACAAAUCAUGUAAUAGUAAGCAUUAUUUUAUUCAAUGUAUUAGUACUAUUAAACUGUUAAAACUUAAUUUAUUUGUAUUUGUACACAUGUCAUUUGAUUGAAUUAUAUGCUCAAAUUUGCCUUAUAA